GAUAAUAAGUGUGAGACAAGAAGUAUAUCAUCGGAUAUAUCAAAGUCAACCAAAUCGUGGAAACAACCCCUGAAGGGCACUCUCAAGAAGGCAUUCAGCAGUAAUAACCUAUUUGUGAGCACCGGUCACAACAAACCGGUGCCAAAGGCGGCCACUCUCGACAGGGAGAGAGCAAUGAUUAUCAAUUCAGAUGAUAUAAUAACUAAUACUGAUGUCCAACCAAACCAUAUAAAUAAUAAUAAUUACAAUAAUAACAGGACAUCUUCGACGGCAGACACAAAAAUUUCAUUAAAACAAACACAAAACAGACAAAGAAUAUUAGCAGCGCUUAAGAAAACUGAAAGACGGCAUACACUAGACAUCGACGAGAUUAUGGCGAAUCUGAAGCACCCGUCGGUUGCGGUUGAGAAGAGGGCCACUCAGGCCAGUCCGGACUCCCUCUACUCGUCCUUGGAAUCGCUUAUUAACCGAAAACAAUCCAAAACCGAUUAUCACCAGAAAUACGACGGCCUUAAUAAAGAGGAAUUGAUUCAAUUGAUUGAAUCCCAACAGUUGACAAUAUUGGGUCUAAACGAGCAAAUCAAUGAUUUGGAGCAUUAUAUCGACAAUCUAUUGAUAUAA